AGAGAGGGAGAGGCGGAGGCGGAGUUGUUUUCGGUUCGGAGAUUCUCAAGCUCUCUCUUCUCUCUCUCUCACAAUCUCCAUUGAGUUUUAAGCCAUGGCGACGACAACCGCCGCUCCUCCACGUCAGCUCUCGCAGAAGGAGGCCGACAUCCAGAUGAUGUUGGCCGCCGAGGUCCAUCUCGGCACCAAAAACUGCGACUUUCAGAUGGAGCGUUACGUCUUCAAGCGCCGCAACGAUGGGAUUUAUAUCAUCAAUCUUGGGAAGACAUGGGAGAAACUUCAGCUAGCUGCUAGGGUGAUUGUUGCUAUUGAAAACCCCAAGGACAUCAUUGUGCAGUCCGCCAGGCCUUAUGGGCAGAGGGCUGUCCUCAAGUUUGCUCAGCACACUGGUGCUAAUGCCAUUGCUGGAAGGCACACUCCCGGUACUUUCACCAACCAGCUUCAGACUUCCUUCAACGAGCCCCGGCUCCUCAUUUUGACCGACCCAAGAACUGAUCACCAGCCAAUUAAGGAAGCUGCACUUGGGAACAUUCCCACCAUCGCUUUCUGCGAUACUGAUUCACCCAUGCGUUAUGUUGACAUUGGCAUCCCGGCCAAUAAUAAGGGGAAGCACAGUAUUGGAUGUCUUUUCUGGUUGCUGGCAAGGAUGGUUUUGCAAAUGCGCGGUUCCGUUAGGCCAGGACAUAAGUGGGAUGUCAUGGUGGAUCUGUUCUUCUAUAGAGAGCCUGAGGAGGCCAAGCAACAAGAGGAGGAAGAAGCGGUGCAAGCUCCAGAGUACAUUGAAUAUUCUGGUGGUCUUGGUGGCGAUCAGUGGCCUACCCAAAUUGCUGAUGCUUCUUGGUCUGCUGAUGCAGCCCCAGCUAUCCCAGCAGUUCCUGCUGCCGGCUGGACUGCAGAACCAGGUGUGGCACAAGAAGGUUGGGAUGCUGCUCCUGCACCAGUGGUCGCCGCUCCUAUCCUUGAGGAUGGUGCUCCCGUAGUGGCCAGUGGUUGGGAUUGAGGAUUUUGUUUGGUAGUGUCAUCAUGGAAGAAGAUUACUAUCUGAUGCUGAAGUUAUUUAAUAUGUUUCUUUCUAUGAGUAUCAAUUUUACACAAUAGUUUAUACAGUAAUUCCUUUCUUAUGUACUGGAAUAUUUGUUUUUGUUUUAGAUUUUUGUUUAAUUGAAAAACAGGAACGGUAGACUGCAAUUGCAAUGGUGUCUGUUUGAUUUCAAUUUUUGUUGAAUUGGGAAAGGAAUUCUGUAGUCGCAA